AUGAGCGGAACGCCUCGCGUGCGCUCUGGCGCAUUUCCACAAACGCCGGCCACCGUGCGGAUGGGCGGUCGUGGUGCCCCCAUGACCCCCUCGCCGAGUCCGCCUACGCCGGCCGGCGAGAAAAAACCCAUCUUUGUCUCUGGCCGGCCAUCGACGGCCGGCCGGCGGAGCAUGAGCAGCAGCGGCCGUCGUAGCCGCCGCAGCAGCAUGGAUGGCAUCGAUGACUACGACGGCUACGACAGCUUCGGCCGCUUUGGUGGCGGCAGCCGAAGAAACAGCAGCUUUGGCCGCUUUGGUGGCGGCAGCCGAAGAAACAGCAGCUUUGGCGCCUCGCCUCCUCGAAAUGGUCCCGUCAUCCCGCUUGACAUCAUCGACGCGCCGACACAGCGGUUCUAUGCCCUCGCCUUUUACGUCGGCCUGCUCGCCUGGAAGGGCUACGACUGGGUGCAGCUGCUCGAGGACAACAGCGGGUCCUUCUGGCUCUUCCUCAAGUGGAUCUGCAUCGAUUUUGUGCUGCUCUUCGGCCUGCCCGAACUGCGCAUUCCCUGGCUCGAGCUUUCGCAGCCGGUCGUGGUCGUCCUCUUCCUCGGCCACGUCGUGCUCGACUACGUCCUCAUGUUCAACAUCGGCGUGCCCUGGCAUGCCUGGGCCCUCGGCCUGAUCAAGGUCUUUUACGACCGCGAGCUGUCCAUCUCGGAACACUACGUCAAGACGUCCAGCAUCCUGCAGAACUCGUCGCUCAUCUCUGGCCGCCAGAUCAUCAACAUCCUUCCCGAGGGCUCAGCCGUCGAGCUCGUGCGCCGCGACCUGGACACGAACGAAGAAGAGGUCCUCAAGCUUAGCCGCCACCAGCUGCGCGAGAUCGCCAAGCUGGUCCGCCGCCACGAGCAGGCCCAGUCGGACGGCAGUGCCACCACGGCCGUGCGCUACGACGUGCCCGUCAAGAAGCCCGGUGCCUACCGGCUCGGCCGCGUGCUCGACGAGUACAAGCUGGACGUGCAGCGACCCAGCCCCUUCUCGUUUGUCGUUGCCUGUCCCAGCGCCCAGGUGGGCCGCAGCAGCAGCAGCAGCGGUGGUGGUGGUGGCACGUCCGGCGUCUCGCUCAAGAAACAGUCGUCGUGGUCGUCGUCACUGACAGCGGCGUCAUCAGCAGGUCCUGUCACGCGCUGCCACGGCGACCUGUCGAACCUCCUGCUCGAGGUGCACGGCACGCCCCCGCUCAAGAUCGUGUACAGCCGCACCAUCAACGGCAAGGACCACAGCUUCCACUUUCAGAGCCUCCAGCCCGAGGGCUUCUCGUCGCCUCUCCUCGGCACAGGCGGCGGUGUUCCCUCGCGCUCGUCAUCGUCCUCAUCGUCAUCGUCAUCGUCGCUGGACUUGUUGGAUUUUGAGCUGGCAGCCGUCACGGCCAACAUCCCGACAGAGGGUGACGUGGACAUCUCGUGGGCACGGGCACGACGUGUGUCGGUCGGACUCAACGAGACGAUGCACGUGGGCGGCGAGUGGCAGUACUCGAUCGACGAAGUGCACGACGCGUUCGGCAACGUGGCCAAGUACAACGAGGCGGCAGACGAGCAGCACGACGUGCGGCCGCGGCCAUCCAAGCACCAGCUGGCCCAGAGCUUCCUCGUGCGCGAGCGGCCACGGGCCCGUCUGCAGGGCUGCGACCUACGGCAGCCGCUCAAGGUGGCGCGUGGCCGGUCGACCAGCCUGCCGGUGCAGUACGACAUGCCGGGCGUGCGGCAGGCGGACGACGGGACAGAACACACGCUGACGUGGCAAUUUUCGCCCAUCGAUUCGCUGACCAAGAGCGGCGACCACGGCGACGGCGUGGUCACGCAGACGUAUAGCGCGCGCCACGCAGACGACCUGCCGACGAUCUCGGCACCGGGCCUGUACACGCUGCGGUCGGUGUCAUCGGACGCGUGCCAGGGCGAGGUGCAGGAGCCGUCGUCGUGUCUGCUGCUCAACCCGCUGGAGCCGAAGCUGGCGCUGCGGUCCGAGGGCAUCCCCGACAGCUGCGGUGGGCAGUCGGUGGGCCUGCGGGUCGACCUCGACCUGGUGGGCACGCCGCCGUUCCUGGUGCGCUACGACGUCAGCACCAACGGGGUGGUACGACACGAGAAGGUGCAGAUUGCCAACAUGCGGUACCAGCUGGAGCUGAUCCCGCGCGUGGCCGGCAGCCACCGGUACGUGUUUCGGUCGAUCGACGACGCGGUAUACAAGGCGCAGCCGCUAGUAGGCGCGGACAUGGUGCUGGAGCAGAACGUGAAGCCGGCGGCGCGAGCGACGAUCGACCAUCCGACCGGACGGGCGAGCGCGUGUCUGCAGGAGGCGGUGGUCGCGGACGUGGUACUGUCGGGCGAGGCGCCGUUUGUGCUCGAGUACGUGCUGCUGCACGAAGGCAAGCGACGGGCGUUCAAGGCGGAGCACAUCACGACGUCGCGGUUCCGGAUCGAGACGCCCGCACUGACGGAAGGCGGCGAGUACACGCUGGCGCUGACGAGCGUGCACGACCGCAGCGGGUGUCGGACCUUUCUGCAGGACUCGGGCGGCGAGCUGAAGAUCGCGGUGCGGCGCCAGCGGCCGCGGGCGGCCUUUGGUCUGAUCGAGAACCGGCGUCGCGUGCAGGUGGUCGAGGGCGCGCCGGUGAAGCUGCCGAUGCGGCUGACGGGCGAAGGUCCGUGGCGGGUGUCGUUUCGGAAGGUGGUCGAGGGCAGCGAGGUGCAGACGCGCUCGCUCGCCUCGGGCAACGACUUUCUCUCGAUUGGCGAGCGUGGUCAGUACGAGAUCGUCGACGUGUUCGACAACCAGUGCCACGGCAUCGUCGAUCCAGCCGCGGCGCGGUUUGAGGUCGGCUGGUUCCCGCGGCCGGAGCUGUCGGUGGUGCCGACCGAUGCGAUCCGACAGCAGCCAGAUGGGCUGCUGGUGAAGCAGGACGUGUGCGAGGGAGACAUUGACGGGUUUGAGAUUGAUUUGAAGGCCUCGGGUUCACAGUCGUCGCUCAUUCACAAGCAGUUCGACGCCGCUCUCGGACGGGCAUCACUGCAGAUGGACACGGCCAAGGCCGGCACAUAUCGAUACGAGUUCGCACCACCGGCCGACAGCCUGUACAACGGCGGCAGCGGCGGCAAGAGCGUGCGGACAGACGCGCUGGUGCUGCAGCAGACGGUGCACGCCAAGCCGGCAGCAGUAUUUGCCAAAGCCGGACAGUCGUUCAAGUACUGCAUGGCCGAAGAGGACAACGAGGAGCGGAUCCCGAUGGUACUGACGGGCGUGGCGCCGUUCUAUGUCGAGAUCGAGAUCAAGCACCAGAGCGGCGUGGUGGCCGAGACGUACGGCGUGCCGUCGAUCAUGACACACACAUACGGAUUGCAGAUCCCACGGCAACAUCUUCGCCCGGGGACGCAGCAGAUCCGAAUCCGUCGGGUGCGCGAUGCGCGGGGCUGCCAGCAGAAGACGGACGAGGUAGCGGCAGCAGUGGCGGCGACAGCGGCGGCGACAACAGUGCAAGUGCAGCUGUUUGAGGCGCCGGCAGUCUAUGCGCUCGAGUCGCGGACGGACUACUGCGUGGGCGAGCGGAUCAGCUACACGCUCUCGGGCACGGCGCCAUUUGACGUGUGGUACACGUUUGACGGGACGGCGCGGCGGGGCAGCUCGGCGUCGACAACGUUCCGGCGGGUAGCCGAAGCGCCGGGCGAGUUUGCCAUCACGGCCGUGGGCGACGGGGCGUCGACCUGUCGGGCAUCUGUCAAUCUGACGCGCACGAUCCAUCCACUGCCGUGGGUGCGCGUGUCGCAGGGCCGGACGGCACGGUCGGACAUCCACGAAGGCGGCGCGGUCGAGAUGGUCUUUGACUUUGGUGGCACGCCGCCCUUUGAGUUCUCGUACACGCGCAGCACGAACGCACGCAAGGGCCAGCGCAGCCAGGUGCUGGAGACCCGACACGACGUCUCGUACGAGCAUCGCAAGGUGGUGCGGGCCAGCCAGGAGGGCACGUACGAGGUGGUGGCAGUCAAGGACAAGUUCUGUGCCUUUUCGACGCAGCGGCAGGAGGAGGUCGUGAGGGGGUAG